GUCUCCGCAUUCAUCUACACGAACUCCGCUACUUCGGUCCGUUAUUUCAGUGCCUGUUGGGGGCCUAAACUAUCCGCGAGCUACCCUUCUUACUGCCUCUGAAAGCUAUCAAUUGCCCUCCACCAUGUCGCAAAGCUUGAGGCCAUAUCUGCAGGCCUGUCGUUCCUCCCUGACGGCCGCUCUUGCGAUCUCCAACUUCGCAUCCCAAACAUCGGAACGCCACAAUGUGCCUGAAAUUGAAGCCCAGAGCAGCCCUGAGGUCUUGCUGAACCCAUUGACCAUCUCGCGCAACGAGAACGAGCGAAUGCUUGUCGAACCGAGUGUGAACAGUGUCAGAGUCAGUCUGAGGAUUAAGCAGGCGGAUGAGAUCGAACACAUUCUGGUUCACAAGUUCACUCGUUUCUUGACCCAACGAGCCGAGUCAUUCUUCAUCUUGCGCAGGAAGCCAGUCGAGGGCUAUGAUAUCUCUUUCCUCAUAACCAACACCCAUGUUGAGAUGUUGCUCAAGCAUAAAUUAGUGGACUUCGUCAUCCAGUUCAUGGAAGAGGUGGACAAGGAGAUCUCGGAGAUGAAGCUCUUCUUGAACGCGCGUGCUCGAUUCGUUGCCGAGUCUUUCCUGACACCGUUCGAUUAAAUUCCCUAGCGUUUUCUUGUUGCUGGCUCCGAAUAAUGAAUGACCUUGUGUUUCCUUUCUUUUCCUGUACAGAUAGCACAGGCUUGCAAUGAUUCAGAGAAGCUUUUACUGAUGCCC